AUGCAGCGACUAUUGAAAAAGGCACUGAAAAACAGCGCAGCGGGCGAGGCUGGAGCACCACUGGAGCGCACCGACACCCGCUCCUCGCACGAAACGCUCUUUGACGACAACAAGUCCGCGGUCUCCACGCUGUUUGAAACCCCUGAAGGCGACCCGCGAGAACGGGAUGUCUACAGCAUAUACUCGGCCAUGUUUCGACAUGGAGUGACCGUUUUUGACGAUGGCCUCAAAAAACCCAUUCUGUCUGUGUCCACGCAUUUCUUCGGCAAGACCUACAUGGAGAUUUACCGGCUGGACGAUAAGCAGAGCCCAGGUAGCGAGGCUGUGUCAAUGUCUGGAACCGAGUGCUACAAGUCGCUUCUGUGCAGUGUGACACAAAAGGUACUUGACAACGACCGUAUCGAGUACAUUCUCACCUUUGUGGACAGCGAGCGGGACAACAUCACCAUGGUUACCCAUGGAACCAGGCGGGUGACUACAGCUUCUUACGAAGGCGUGCAGUUGCAAUGGUACGGAACGACGGGCAUUGCCAACACUUAUGGCUCUGGAUUCUUUCAUCUGCGGCUUGUUGACACCGAACAUACUGAGAGACAGGGUAAUGUGCUGCCAGACUCAGACACCCUCUGUGGUCCUUGCAUAGGAGCCUACAGUUAUCUGACUGAGGGCAGACUGAAGAAGCAGCGCCGGGUUGGCGAGUUUAGCAUUUUCAAUGGUGGCACUCAUCUUUCCGAGGUCAUCCUACUCAUGGGACUGGUUCUGCGAGAGGGAGAGAUGCGAAAGAUAACGGAAAGUACACGAGCUGCCAAUGCUGUCACCAGCAAGGUGUUUUUGUAA